AGGACUCUCGCCCCACAAUGCAACGCGCGGCAAGCAGCCGCGGAGGGGGGCACUUUUACCCACAAUGCGGCGCGCAAGGCCACGCCCCUUUAUUGAUUCUGAAACGUGGAUUGGCGGAGGCGUUUUGCGGGCCUGGGGCUGAACAUGGCGGCGAGUUCGGCUGCGCGGGUCAUCGGGAGCCACCUCAAGGAGAUUCGGCUCCACCUUUGCCAGCGCUCGCCGAGCAGCCAGGGCGUCAGAGACUUCAUUGAAAAACAGUAUGUUCCAUUGAAGCAGGCAAAUCCAGAUUUCCCUAUUCUGAUCAGAGAGUGCUCAGACGUGCAGCCCAUGCUAUGGGCUCGAUAUGAAUUUGGCAGAGAGAAGUGUGUACAGCUGAACAACCUGAAGAUGGACCAAGUUGCCAAAGCUUUAGACACUGUUAUAAACAGCAAAGCAUGAAGAUAACGCACGGUACCUGCAUUCAAGAAUCUUAAUCCAGUUGUGAAGCAUGUAUGGAUGUAACUUAUUAAACUGCAUAUAAAAAUAGAGCUUCCAAAAUACAGCCCAAAUACCUAUUUUA